AUGCCUUGCGGCGACGAGCCGUCCUUUGCCGGGCCCUGCCCCCAUGAUGAUGACUGCACACCCGGCAGGGCGGGUACCAUGCUGCCCGUGGGUGAUGCACAGGCUCCUGCCACGACCGCUGCCGUCCCCAUGGAGGUUGACCAGUGCGCGACGUGGCAGGCAGCAAGCCUCACUCCGCCGUCUCCGCCUCUCGUGCUCCGCCUCAGCGGCAAGCGUCGCCGCUUGAGCGACGAGGAUGACGGCGAUGAACCGCGCGAGCAAGCCGAGCAACUGCUGCUCGAGGACGUUGAGGCCGGCCCCAUGAACUCAGCGCUUUGGCCAUCCACGGCCAGCGCACUCCCGGCCUCCGUCCUGGCCGUGUAUGCACACAACGCGCAGCGCUUCACGUGCAUGCUGUGUACAUACACGGCCUCAAGCUUUGCUUCGCUCAAGCGACACAGGGACUCACGGCACCGCCGUAUCACCUUCCUCGACCUCUUCUCGGCAGGUUGUGCGUGCGGCACGCCUUUCGUGUCGAGGCUGGCAGCAGCAAACCACGCUCGCGCGUGUGCCAGCCUCCGCGACACUUCGGCUGCGACUACACCAGCAGCAGGGGACCUCAGCCCCACUGCUGGUGCUGUCAAUGCCACCGCUACGGUGGCCGACACCGAACCCGUGCUGCCCCGCCAAGACCCUCCGGUGCUCGCUGUGUCCCCCCACAGUCGAGCACCACGGAUGACAGGUCUAAGGAAUCAAGAUGGAGCCCUCCGCUCCCAAGACAGCUGGUUGCUUCGCGUGUUGCGUCACGCCUCUCCGAGGUUCCCGCCCCACGUUGGGGUCCACCACUGCCUCGCAGCGUGGUGGUGUCAAGGAUUGCCGACCGUCUCCUCCCGCCAGAGUUAA